GGCCUAGCGGUAGGGGUGUUUAAGAACAAAGCCUCCAAACCAAAAUCCCGACGCGAUUAGUUUUGUUCAGACCAAACGGGGGUUCGCCUCUCGCUUGCGUUCGCGUGAGGUGAUCUGAUCUGAGCUGAUCUAUACGGCCCGCGACGACAGCAUCUCGCUCGAUUCGCAGCUUCUCAAACACCCAGCCCGCGAGCGAGUGGUGGUGGAGUUGGAAUUCGAAUUGGAUUUGGAGCUGCUGCUUCGGGGUGUUGGAAUUUUCGCCGCCGCCUCGUGAGGUGAGGGGUGCGCCGGCUAGCUACUCCCACCAUUGCGUCGGGAGCCGGUCGGAGCCGGCGUCGCUGGGGGCAGCUCAGGCAGGUUGACCCAAAUUUGAGGGCCUCGGAUUCCGGGAGGACUUGGGGGCCAUUUGUGUUUAUGGGCGACUAGAUCGGGAAGUUUCAGCGCGUGAUGGCCGCUGAUUCCAGCAUGGGGUUUCACCAGGGGAUCACCGCCUCGAUGUACAACCACCACAUGCUCUCUUUCCAAUCAAGCAGCGACGUAAGAAUCAGCGGCGGCGCUACCGGUGGUAUGGUCAUGGCCCCGAGGAGUGUGAGUGGGACCAGUAGCAACGCCGGUUUGUUCCUCUCCCCAAACUCCGGCGUCAUCGGCAACGCGUCGGGGGUUGGCCCGUCAAGGAGCUCGUCGGGGGAUGUGUUACGUGGUACGGGGGCGCCCAAGUAUAAGUUUGUCACUGGUUCGCCUUCGGAGUGGAGUGACCGGGAGCUGGGUAUACUGAAGGAAGGGCUUGUAAGAUAUGCUCGUGAACCUAAUAUCAUGAAGUACAUCAAGAUAGCGGCUAUGCUGCCCAACAGGACCAUUAGGGAUGUUGCAUUGCGGUGCUGGUGGGCUACAGGUAAAGACAGAAGGAAGAAGCCUGAUGGAUUUUAUACAGGGAAAAAGUUAAGAGACAUGAAGCAAAUCCAGGAAAAAAUGGUUGCAUCUGCCCCGAUGGCUAAUUUUCACAUGGCACCCACAAACAACAUAUCCCCUUUCUCAAUAUCGAUGCAACAUCCAAAUCAACACUGUCAGGUUCCCAAAGAAGCAGCUCCUGUUGUUGACAGUGCAACCCAGCUUCUCCUGGAGGAAAAUAAUCAGUUGCUUAACCAGAUUGCUGCAAAUAUCGAAACAUUCAAGAUAGAACAGAACACAGAUCUCUUUCUUCACACGAGUAACAAUAUCAAAACAAUUUUAAGCAGAAUGAGCGAGACACCUGGUAUCAUGGGUCAGAUGACUAUGCUGCCUGUGACUGUAAAUGAAGACCAGCUAAAUUCACUUCUUCAACUGAACAGAAUGGUUGCAUCAUAUGGCGCAACACACCCUUCUCAUACGAAGCAAGAACCACGGAGCUAAUGUAUUAUACGCUGAAGGAAAUGAGAAGACCAAAUGGCCGAAGCUUCCCCAAUUCUGUAGACGUGCAACGACGAAUGCUUGCAUGUUGUUAUACUGACUGAGCGCCAGGAAUAGUCAUCACGCUUUCAAGAGUGAGUGUUUUCCAGUGAUCUGAUUGUUUCCGACCUGCCUGCCUCCCCCUUGUUCAUGAAGCAUUUUGAAGAAGUAUGCAGUUUGGUGCGAGCUGCUAGGCAUUUGCAGCUGUUCCUGUUUUGUACCCAGUAUUCAGCUAAUAGAGCAGAGUACCAACACUUGAUCCAGGACUCUGCAAGUGACUGUAAAUAUUGGGUGGCUGGAGGCGUUCCAUGUUUUUUUUCGCUGAUUGUUGAUGAAUAUAAUUUUUCUGGAAUUGCACUGCA